AUGGAGCUGAGAGGGAGGAAGAUCCCGCGCUCCAAGGAGAAAACAGUCAAAUCCUCCACUCCUCCUCCUCCUCCCCCUGCACCUCCUCAGUCCAAUGGCAUCCGUCGCUCUGCUCCUUCCUCCCCCCCUCCCCUGUUUCUCUCCCCCAUCACUCGCCUCUACAUCUACGCCCUGCACGGCCUGCUGUGCGAGCUCGUCUUCACCUCCUUCUGGGACCUCCCCAGAACCAGAGACCUGCGCCUCCUCGGCCACAGCUCCCUCUGGUCUCUCCCCAUGUACUCCCUCGCUCUGCUCGCCAUCGAAAAGCUCCGGAAUCUGCUUUUGAGCCGAAACACGUGGCUCCCGUUCCGACUGGUCGCCUACACGUUGUUCAUUUACCUGUGGGAGCUCAGCUGGGGGGCGGGGCUUACGCUGUUGAGGGCGUGUCCCUGGGAUUAUUCCGGUUUCACGUACAACUUUAAAGGACUGGUCACGCUGGAGUAUGCACCGUUCUGGGCAGUGGCGGCGCUGAUAGCAGAGAAGUUUGUCAUCAAGAACACGCUAAGAUUUCAGAUUUGA